GCAGAUGAGCCAGUCGCUGGUACAACCCUUGGUCACGUGACUUCCUGCGGCGAGAUACUGCUGCUGCAGUUUCUUGUCGCAAGCGCUCGGUGCACGAUGUGGAAAUUCCGAACCACAGCGGCAUGAAGCUGCACGCAGACACCGUACGCGAAUCGCUGCGCCACCCGUGAACGGUAACCCGGCUCCAUAGAGCAGCGGAUUAACAGCCGUUUGAGCGGGAAGGAUUUAGAUCCAGCGCGUUCCUGAGGGAGAAGUUUGAUCGCUGUGUGUGUCGGUGUCGGCUGGAGGUGUACGGGACACCAGCAGCGAGAAUGGCGGAGAGAAGUGGCCGGUUAAGCUUCCCCGGGAGCGGGGCGCUAAACAGACCGGUGCCUAUGAACCUGUUCGCCACCUGGGAGAUAGACGGCUCCUCUCCUAACUGCAUCCCCAGGUUGUGUAGUCUGACUUUGAAGAAGCUAGUGGUGAUGAAGGAACUUGACAAGGAGCUGAUUUCUGUCGUCAUUGCAGUCAAGAUUCAGGGCUCCAAGCGAAUCCUCCGCUCCCAUGAGAUAGUGCUGCCCCCUGCUGGUGUGGUGGAGACUGAUCUCGCUCUCACAUUCUCACUACAGUACCCUCAUUUUCUGAAACGCGAGGGAAAUAAGUUGCAAAUCCUGCUUCAGCGGAGGAAGAGGUACAAAAACCGAACAAUUUUGGGUUACAAGACUUUGGCUGCUGGCUCUAUAGACAUGGCAGAGGUGAUGCAGCAUCCUGCAGAAGGUGGGCAGGUCUUGGCUCUUUGCAGUAAUCAGAAGGAGUUUCUGGGUAAAGUUGCAGAGAUUUGGAUCUAUUCCCUGUCCAGUCAGCCUAUAGACCACGAGGAGGCAGCCAUUCUGGGACAGAAAAUCAAAUGUUCUGAUAAUUACUCAGAAGAAGAGUAUGAAAGCUUCUCAUCGGAGCAGGAGGCCAGUGAUGACGCAGCACAAGGACAGGAUCUUGAGGAUGACGAGUAUGAGAUAAGGAAACCAAAAAAGCAAAGGAGGUCAAUAGUCCGGACGGCGUCGAUCACCAGGCAGCAGAACUUUAAGCAGCGCGUGGUGGCAUUGCUCAAACGGUUCAGAGUUUCUGAUGAGGUGUUAGACUCAGAGCAGGACCCAGCCGAGCCGCCUCCAGAAGUAGAGGAAGAUCUGGAUCUGGAGAGUUUAGAGUUUGAGAAUCCGAGUGACAGUGGACCGGAUCUGGAUGAUGAUGAAAGUGUUCUCAGCACCCCAAAACCCAAACUCAAGCCAUAUUUCGAAGGAAUUUCUCUAUCCAGCUCUCAGACAGAAAUUGGCAGUAUUCACAGUGUUAGGAGUCAGAGAGAGCCGCCCAGUCCAAUGGAUCCUGAUAAAAUAAGGGCUGUAGGUGGAAAGUUUCAGAUGGAUAAUGAAUCAGAUAAUGUUUCAAUGGGUCAUCCAGAGGUUGUGACCCCUACCACAGAACUGGAGAUGAUGGACAACGUGGACUCUUUCAUGGAGAGGUUGCCUCCUACAGGCCGGAUGACCAAAACGGAGUCACUUAUCAUUCCAUCCAACCGGGUGGAGCCAAAGUUGGCGGGGCGACGGGGGCGGAGCACAUCACUUAAAGAGAAGCAGCCCAGUCGACCGCCCAAUGAGAGGGCCAACAGUCUGGACAACGAGCGCUCGUUUGACACACGCUGCCACCUACAGAUUCCACGCAAAACGGUUUAUGACCAGUUGAACCACAUCCUGGUGUCAGACAGCCAUCUUCCCGACAGCAUCAUCCUUAUUAACACCUCAGACUGGCAGGGCCAGUAUGUAUCUGAGGUGUUACAGAAUCAUGGUCUUCCUGUUGUUUGUACGUGCACCAUGGCUGACAUACAGGCUGCACUCAGCACCAUCAUCUCUCGCAUACAGAGAUUUUGUAACAGUAACUCAGUCACGCCGUCUCCAGUGCGGAUCGGAGUAGCAGGAGCUCAGCAUUACCUUUCUGUUGUUUUGCGUUUAUUUGUGGAUCACCUGACACACAAAACCCCCGACUGGCUUGGAUACCUGCGAUUCCUUAUCAUCCCACUUGGGGUUCAUCCAGUGGCUAAAUAUCUGGCCAGUAUAGACUACAGAUAUAACAGCCUGUUCCAGGACUCAGCGUGGAGAGAUCUUUUCCACAAACCAGAAGCGCCAACCUCAGCAGUUCAGGACAGUCCAGAUGUGGUUUCCAGGGUAACGCAGUAUAUGUUGGGAGCGAAUGGAGCUCUUCAGCUGCCCAUAGCAGAGGCCAUGCUUACCUAUAAGCAGAAAAGGAAAAAGAGCUUUCAUUUUGAUUUUGCAGUAAGUCCUGAUGAAGACUCAUGUCAGAAAUUCAUUCCUUUUAUUGGGGUGGUGAAAGUGGGGAUUGUUGAACAAACUUCUGCAACAUCUGGCGAUUCAGAUGACGCUGCUCCUGUGGGAUCUUCUCUUCUCUCGUCUACUCCUCCUGCACAGAUCUCCCCAUUACUGAAAGAAGCAUCUCCAACGCCUCCUUCUUCUCCCUCUGUACACAUGUCCAGUUCUCCUGGAGGAGGUCAGGGGGAGCUGAUGGGUCUUCAGGUUGAUUACUGGAUUGCUCCAUCAGAGAGGAAGAAAGACGUGGAGAAGAGAGACUCCAAAAACACGCUCAAGGGCACCUUCCGUUCACUGCAGGUUAGCCGCCUCCCACUGGGCGGAGCAGAGACGACACAUCAGCCAACCAUGUCCAUGACUGUUGUCACCAAAGAGAAGAAUAAGAAGGUGAUGUUUCUGCCUAAAAAGACCAAGGAUAAGGAGGCAGAGUCUAAGAGUCAGGUGAUAGAGGGCAUAAGUCGACUCAUCUGCACAGCCAAACACCAGCAGACCAUGCUGAAAGGUGAUCAGCCAAUCAGAAUUCAUCAAAUGUUGAUAGACGGAGUUGAAUGGAACGAUGUGAAGUUUUUCCAGCUUGCGGCUCAGUGGUCAUCUCAUGUCAAACACUUCCCACUUGCCAUCUUCGGACCCUCCAAAGGGCCUUACUGAACUACAGCCUCAUAUCUUCACUCCUCUACGCUACGGCUGCCUUUACACUCAGUGCUGCCUCAUGUUUUUAUUUAAAAUUUCUGCUUUCUCACGGUUUGUGUCUGUGCUAUUUUUGUUUUUAUUUUGUUGACAUUUGAUUGUUCUUUUAUGAAAGACUUGAUGCAGUCUUGGCAACAGGGCAUAUCUUUUUGUACUAUGUAUGUUAAAAC